AUGAAGGUUUUGGAAGAUAUCGCACUAGACGGCCAGACUUCAUCACAGCUACAGAGGAGAAUACUUCAACUCGCUGCCACAAGCAUCAACUCGGAGUUCAUCCACCCAGGAGCAGCUAUUUCCCUCCUUCUAGUCCGUACUAGACGACGCAGGACUUCCUCAGACCUCUCCCGCAUAGUGGCCAACAACUCUUCAAUCCUAACCUAUGGUGAAUUCUCUAGGGAUCUAGGCAUCAAGAAAUCUCUCCACAGAAUUUGUUUGGCAAGGCCAACAUACUUCGUGCGAAUUUUCUCUACUGGCAUCAUUUGGCAAUGGACCUAA